AGUGCGGUUGCUACACAUCAUGUCAGGAUUAAUGAACACUUUAGAGAGAAAAAAAUUAGAUGCUGCAAGAUUAUUGGCUUGCAUUGCAAAAAUUGAAGAUCAGGAAAAAAGAAAUUCAUCAUUGGCUUCUGAGGCAUACCAAACAAUGAUGGACCAUGUGGAAAUAAGUCAACAAUUACAUGAACAUUUAAAUCGGAAAAGGGGAGAAAAAGAAAAAAUCGACUUGGUAUUAUCUCGGCCACCAGAAUUAAAAACCUUCAGAACUAAUAAAGUCGAUCUCAGUGGUUUGCGCCUACUCGUAGAAAAAGAACUACAAGAAAUUGCAGCAUUGGAAAAAAAGAAUUCCCUUCCUGGAUUGAGUAUAUCAAAGAGUGAAAAUAAAACGUGAUUCCAGCCCAAAAACCGAAUGAGGUGACAUUUUACCAUUUGUGUAUUAAACAAAUAUCUGCUAAAACCAGUGUUUUAUCAUUAUAUGAAAGCUAUAUUAAAAUGUAUUUUCU